GGAAAAACUCGAAUCAGUUUAGUAAGACUGAGGGCAACCGUGGACUACACACCUCUCUCGAGCAAAAACACAGGACUGAACUUUUGUACUUUUGAAAGACUGCAAGAGUAUCCGACUCCGGCGAGUCAAAAUGUGUCCUAAUCCGAGACGCGCUUUUGAGAUUUUGGAGACGCGUAACAGCGCGUGAAAUGUAGAUGUAGAAAGUGUGACCGUGGAAUCUUUUCUGACAGCGAUUAAGGAAGUCAUAAUUUCACGCAAUGCGUCGUAAGUAACCUGCAUGUGAAAAAAAAAAAAAAAAUCAAGUUGUGAAGAUGAACGAAACGAGCACGAGUCAUGGCAAGGAAGGCUGGGACCCUACAAUCCCAGUCAUUAUGUUCAUAUUUGGAGUGGUCGGGAACGUGAUUGCUAUCGUAGUGCUUCAAAAGUCGCGGAAAGAGCAAAAAGAGACCACUUUUUACACUCUGGUGUGUGGACUUGCCGUGACUGACCUCUUGGGAACACUGCUUGCGAGUCCAGUCACCAUUGCCACCUACGUGAAGGGAGAGUGGCCCGGUGGGGUCCCGCUGUGUCAGUAUUCCGGCUUCAUUUUACUCUUCUUCUCCUUGGCAGGUCUCAGUAUUAUCUGUGCCAUGUCUGUCGAGAGGUACCUCGCCAUCAAUCACGCGUAUUUCUACAACCACUACGUGGACCAACGGGUGGCAGGUUUGACGCUCGUGGUGAUCUAUGUGUCCAAUGCACUCUUCUGCGCCCUUCCAAGCAUGGGACUGGGGUCCGUGGUGCGACAGCGUCCAGGAACCUGGUGUUUUAUUGACUGGCAUAGCAACGACAGCACCAACGCCACUUUCUCCUACAUGUACGCCGGCUUCAGCUCCGUCCUCAUCCUCGCCACAGUCCUCUGUAACGUGCUGGUGUGCGCGGCUCUCAUCAUGAUGCACAAGCGCUUCGUCCGGAGGACCUCGCUGGGGACGGACCAGGCGCGAGUCGCGGAGUUCAGGCGCAGGCGGAGUUUCGCCCGUCUGGCGGGCGCGGAGAUCCAGAUGGUCAUUGUUCUCACAGCCACGUCCAUUGUCGUUCUCAUCUGCUCCAUCCCUUUAGUGGUGCGGGUGUUUGUGAACCAGCUGUAUCAUUCUCCAGUAGAGAUGACAACUGAGCUGAACCUAGACCUUGAGGCCAUCCGAACUGCCUCUAUCAACCCCAUUCUGGACCCCUGGAUCUACAUCCUGCUGAGAAAGACAGUCGUGCAGAAGAUUCUAGAAAAGAUCAAGUGCUUCUUCUGCCGCAUCUGUGGAAGGAGACACGGGAGGAGCUCUACAGAUUUUCACUGUGGGAAUGGCAUCCACAACUCAUCGGUCAUGUCUCGUGAUUUGCUUUCGCUAGUGCAUGUGGUUAACACGUCGCAAACGUGUCUGUAUCCCCUGGAGGCGGGACAGGAUAUGGGCUGCUGCAGUGACUCUAUGCAGAGCAGGACGUGUUCAACUUCAACCGAGCAAAGCCUUCUGCGGGACUCUCAGGUGGUAGAGCGCAGCAGUGGAGAAAACAGAACAGAAACAGACACAAACUUUGUGAAAUCACAUUCAUGCACGCACUCCAACACAAAUGAGGCACAGUGUUCCAAGCACCAGCCGCUGCAAGUGACCUUUACAGAUGAGACUUUGAGCUUACAAGAAAGAAGCAUAUGAUACAUACUGAAAAACUCACUUAAUUCAACAUUUCAUGGGGUGAAAUACAUUUCAAGAGCUGAGUGUUGAGAAUGGAAUCAGAACUUCUCAGAGCGAAAGAAUUCCUAAAAACUCAUGAGACUAAAGAGGAAAGUUUUUAAAAAAAAGCUUACUAAAGUAUGAAAAAGUUAUAAAGUAUAUAAAAAAAAAGUAUGCAUUUCAAAAGAAUGUUUUGUUAAGCAACAGGUUAUGCCGACUGCAUUUUCUAAACAGUGAGGCACAUGACAAAGCUCUUAGAAAUGUGUCUUUAAUUUAUUUUUCAUUCUUGUGAAUAUCUGAAAAAAAAAAGGCCUUUAUAUUAGACCAAUAAAAUUCCACUGGGCCCUAAUUCAUUAAUUUGUUUGACCUGGGAUGUAUUUUUGAAACUCCAAAUAUUGUACUUGCGAGCAAUUAUCUACUGCCCGGCUUUUAAGCUCCCUUUUUGCAGACAUUCUGGUGAGAUCGCCAUUUGGUCACAAGUUCAAGAAACCAGAGUGCCUUGUUGGCUUUUCUUAAGCUGGAACUCAUGGUUUAUAAUUUCCUUUUCGUUAUGUUAAGAUUACCAAAACACUUUUCAUUUCCAUUGGUGCAUAAACAACUGUCCACUAUUUCAGACUUUUGUAAGAUGUAGCUGAGUGUACAUUCUAUGGAUUUUCCAUAAUAUGUACAACAUUCUGUGAAUUAACCAAGCAAUUGCAUAUCCAUGUUAACUAACAGUAACACCAUCACAAAAUAUAUUGGUACUGAAAACACAUUGUACAAAUUUAAGAGCACAUGAUACACAGCACAUUGUUAAUGGAGUUUUUGUUUCUUUUAAACUAUAUGUAGAUAUGAGGUGGAAUUGUAAAAGCUAUUAAGAUGGUGUAUGUCUUUUAAGGUCAUAUGUUUUGCACUUUUAAAUCCUUGUAACCACUGCAGAAAAACGUAACUGUCACUAAGGUGUUGAUCGGUCAGUGGUUGUCAAGGAAGAGCUAUUGAGUUCGUCUGUACAUACUUGUGAUGUAAAAAUGUGAACACUGUGUUGUUAUAUUUUUAUUUAUUGUAGUCUUUUUUAGACAUCUGUGGACUGUAGUUAUCUCUUCUCUGUGAGAUAGAGUUUGACAUAGUUCUACUCAUGUUGAAGCAAGUUAUAUGGUUUUUGUUUCAUUUCACAUUUAUGUGUAGCAAAACAGUACGAGGCAUAAUUCAAGCUAUUUAGCAUCAUCAUCUGCUGCAUGUAUCUAAAUGAUCCAACAUUACUGUGUACAUUUUCACACUUUCAAACACAAAGACAACCUUGUCUUGCUCUCACCCUCGAUGUGACCUUCCAGAAUGUGCAAUGGUCAGCUAUUAAAUGCUAAAAUAAACUCUUGAAUUGAUGACAAACAGAAAAACUGAAGAAGAAAAAAAACUUAUGGUAUUUGUUUUCACACUCAAAUAUUAAUAAAAGCAUAGCAGCUAGAACAUAAUUCAAAUAUAAUUUAAAUAAUUGGGAUGAACUGAAAAUUCACAGUACUAACAACAUGUAUUACAAAUCAAUUUAUUAUACAAAAUAUAUAAUGCUCACAUACAGCAUCGGUCAUUGAAUCUGUAUGUGGAAAUAGACAGAUGACCUAUAAUGACCAAAAAUAAAACUACAAAUGUAAUGUUU